AUGCCGCAAAUUCGAGGCACAGCGGGCUCGACGAUCAGCACGCCCGGCUUGAUCAUCGGCUGCGUGCUGCUAGCGCUGCUCAUUCUAGGCUUUCUCCAGCAGCAAGUGCAAAAGCGCAAGCGACGAACAAAGUACCAUCCGCCCCUGCAGCUUCAACAGACCAGCGUAGGAGUCCUCGAGCAGAUCGGAAAGCGCAAAGAGGAUCUUCGACGAUACAUCGGCAAGCUCAGAGAGCAGCUCGCCGCGCGAGAGGAGCAAUUGCGCUACCACGACGAGCUCGAGGAAAUCGUGACCUCCAGGGUCGAAACCAGCCGACGCGAUGAGGAGGCAGCUCUGCAGGAAUGGUCUCGACUCAUGAAAGCUGGCAAGAAGCUGCACGGCGACAACUGGGACGCCUCCGACGGCGACGAGCCAUCCCUCAGGGAUCUGAUGGAGCUUCACAAGGAGGAGCUGCUGGAGUACAAGCGUUCGCUUCACAACCAGCCCGGAUCUAGUAGACAAAACGGUGUGCGCCAGCCUUCCACGUCCCGAGAGCGGAAAACAGCUCGACGCCCAUCAAAGUUCAAUCUUCCACUGCUCAAGCUCCAGCCUGUGGCUCCACUUCCAAGUGCCUCGCACGGCAUCGGCGCAACGGUGAAACCAGAUGCACCCAAGUUCAUUCCCACUCAGUGGCAAUCAACACGCGCCAAGGCAGGAUCUCGCCUGUCCGCUGCAAUCCCUACCCAGCUCGAUGCACAAGCCGAAGAUUAUGACGAGCCCUCACCUACACAAAAGAUGGUCGUGCCCCCUCUGGACUUGAGCAGGCUUGGCUUAGGCCCAACGAUCGGUGCACCUAUACAAGACGAACCAAACGAACCCGCACCAAAGCAGCAGAAGAGAAAGAGCUUCGAAGCCACGUUCCAACGGCAGACGCAGCUUGCAGCUAUGCUUCGGAAGAAGAAGUAG